AACUCCAGGUGCGACCAGAGUACCCGGUGGUCGCGCCUCGCCGCCUUCCCGCCAGUCGUCAGCAAGUCCUCGCCGGAGGAGUUGCGAAGCCGAGCGCCCGAGUCGAGUGCGUGUGUUGUUUGUAGCGACCAGAUCGACAGCGAGGCACAGCCAAGCAGCGAUGGGUCGUCUGCCGGUCCUUCUAGUGGCGGUGCUCGUGGCGGCCGCGCAACCGCGGGGCGCCGAGGCGGUCCCCACCCACCUCCACAAGAGCGUCUUCGUCGCUGUGGGCGGCGCGGGCGGCGGCUCCGUGGCGGGCGACGGCGGCGGUGAGGCGGCGGUGGCCGUCAAGCCCGUGCCCGUCUACAAGCCCGUCUACAAGCCGGUGCCCGUGGAGGUGCCCGUCGAAGUGCCGGUCUACAAGCCCGUCGAGGUCCCCGUCGAGGUGCCCGUCUACAAGCCCGUGGAGAAGCCCGUCUACGUGAAGCCCGUGGCCGCCCAGGGCCAGGGCCAGGGCUCCGUGUACGGCCACGUGCACUUCGACGCCGGCAACCUCUUCAACAACAUCUUCAGCAUUCCCAUCUCGGUGCUGCAGUCCGUCAACCAGUUCCUCACCAACAACGUCAACCUGCGCGGAUCGGCCAACAUCUACGUGCACAAGCACGCGGGCUACAAGGGCGGCUUCGUGGCGCCCGCCGCCCCGCCGCCGGCCGGCAGCGCCUCUGCGGGGGCCAGCAGUGGCGCCAGCAGCAGCUCGCAGGCUGGAAGUUCGGCCGGAAGUUCGGCCGGAAGUUCGGCCGGAAGCUCGACUGGAAGUUCGUCCGGAAGUUCCUCCCAGAGCUCGGCCCAGAGCUCGGCGCAGAGCUCCGCGCAGAACUCCGGCUACGGUUCGGCGCAGAGUUCGGCGAGCAGCUCGGCUCAGAGCUCCUCCUCCUCGUCGUCCGAAGGCUUCUGAGGACUCCCCGCCCCGCCCCGCCCGCGGCCGGUCACCUGCACACUCGUUCCGAGAAUCGUUUCCGUCGCGGUCUCGCUCGCGCCUACGCAGGACGCCCCUCGAGUGCGAGACAGACAGCGACGAAAACGACUCUCGGAAUCAGUAUGCAGCGGCCGUCUAGGACACCUCCGGACGUCGCAGCCGAGGUGACUCUCUGAUGUCACCCCGGCGUCGGCUAGACGCCCCGCGGACGUCGCCUAGAUGUCGCUUGUGAUCGCCUCCUCGCGUCUAACACACCACCGACACUGGACUCGGUUGGGGCCUUCGGGACGUCCUCGCGCUACCCUGGUCCGCGUCCCGUCCCCUACAUUGGGUCCUUGUUGAGCUCCAGUGAGGCGGCCGUGUCUUUGCAGAUCCCCAUUUCCGCCCUCACCUCCGUCAACACCCUGCUCACGGGGGGCCGCUGAGUCCGCCACGCCACGGUGGAGUCGCGGAUACUCCUCAUCUUGCCCGAGCGGCGUCGAUACCCCCGACUCGCCGAAACGCCACAACGCCACGGCUCCAACGCCGCCGUCGCUACUCCCUGCCUGCCGCCCGUUACGAGCAGCAGCAGCCAUGCCCUCACUUGCAGAUCAUCCCUCAUGUCUUCAUCCACUUGGACUGACUUGCGAACUAUUCUGAUGUUCAAAUGAUUAGUGUUGUGUCCAGCAAUAAACCUUUACUUAUUUAUAACCCUUCAAA